UGCAACACAGUUCCUGAAAGCAACCCUGUUACAAUUAGUAUGAGCUCUCUCCCUGUUUACUCUGGUGCCAGGAUAUCUGGAUGCUGGUCUCUGAGGUCAGAUGGGAGUGGCAGCAGUGAAGAGGCAUUGGACAGAUUAUUACCUCCUGUGACUAAUUCUUUGUCACCAAGAAAGCGAACCACAAGCCAAUGUAAAUCUGAGCCACCGCUUCUAAGAACAAACAAACGGACAAUUUAUACUGCAGGACGGCCUCCAUGGUACAAUGAGCAUGGAACACAGUCCAAAGAAGCAUUUGUUAUUGGAUUGUGUGGAGGCAGUGCUUCAGGGAAAACUACAGUGGCCCGGAAAAUAAUAGAAGCUUUGGAUGUGCCCUGGGUUGUGCUUCUCUCUGUGGACUCCUUUUACAAGGUUCUCACUAAAGAACAACAAGAGAGAGCUGCCAAAAAUGAGUAUAAUUUUGACCAUCCCGAUGCUUUUGACUUUGAUCUCAUUGUGUCCACUCUCAGGAAAUUAAAACAAGGAAAAAGUGUAAAAAUCCCAGUGUAUGAUUUUACAUCACACUCCAGGAAGAAGGAAUGGAAAACACUAUAUGGAGCUAGUGUGAUCAUUUUUGAAGGCAUUAUGGCUUUUGCUGAUAAAGAAUUAUUGAAGCUGUUGGACAUGAAGAUCUUUGUAGACACGGAUUCAGAUAUUCGAUUGGUACGACGCCUACGCAGAGAUAUUGCCGAGCGGGGGCGUGACAUUGAAGGAGUUAUCAAGCAGUACAACAAAUUUGUCAAGCCAUCAUUUGAGCAGUUCAUUGAGCCAACAAUGCGCCUGGCAGACAUAGUGGUUCCACGAGGAGGAGGGAACAUGGUGGCCAUUGACUUAAUAGUCCAACAUGUCCAUAGUCAGCUGGAGGAGAGGAAACUGCGCUGGGAUAUGGCAACCUUGGCAUCUGCCCACCAAGCACAACCAUUGCCAGAGACACUGAGUGUGUUGAAGAGCACACCACAGGUUCAGGGAAUGCACACAUUUAUUAGAAAUAAAGACACGUGUCGAGAUGAGUUUAUAUUCUAUUCAAAGAGGCUGAUGAGACUAUUGAUAGAGCACGCACUUUCGUUAUUGCCUUUCAAGACAUGCACAGUUCAGACACUACAAGGAGAGGACUAUGAAGGGAGAAGAUUUGCCGGCACAAGAAUAACAGGAGUAUCCAUUCUAAGAGCGGGGGAGACUAUGGAACCUGCCUUACGAGCAGUGUGCAAAGAUGUGAGGGUCGGUAAAAUCCUAAUCCAAACUAACCACACUACAGGAGAACCAGAGCUUCACUACUUGAGACUGCCAAAGGACAUCAGUGAGGAUCAUGUCAUUUUAAUGGACUGUACAGUGUCAACAGGGGCUGCAGCUUUGAUGGCAAUCAGAGUCUUACUGGAUCAUGAUGUACAAGAGGAUAAGAUCUUCCUGAUCUCCCUGCUGAUGGCAGAGAUGGGAGUACACUCAGUGGCAUACGCGUUCCCACAGGUGAAAAUUAUCACCACGGCAGUAGACAAAAAAGUCAAUGACUUGUUCCACAUCAUCCCCGGCAUAGGCAACUUUGGAGAUCGUUACUUUGGAACUGACGCUCCUGCUGAUUGGUGUGAAGAUGAUGACUGCGCAGCAUUGUGAUGCACCUUUUAUAUUUUUAGCACCAUUGUAGUCAAGUCCCUUAUGGACUAUUAGAUCGAUUGUUUAAGCCUUGCACAAUGGAAUUUGGUGGCAGUGGUCAGCUUCUCCUCGUUGCAGUCUGCAUCCUUUAGUUUCAUUGGACAGAAUAUCCUAUCACCUUGGAAUGGAAGGACUAACCUUUGUUUGGCACAGGAAAUGCCAAUUCAAAUUCAGCCCAUCACCUCUCUUUAGCACAACCUAUUAGUUUAUUUUACUUCAAAAGUACAACGGUUUAAUAAGUGCAGUACCUACUAUGCAGCUGGUACUAUCCUGCAUCAGAUAAAUAGUUUAUAUACAAAAUAACUGAGGUUUUUCUAAGGGAAGCAGUGACAUUUUCUUGCAACAUUAGAAAUAAUGAAAACAUUUUUUUCAAAAAUGUGGAAAAUUCUUAUUUUUAUUGUUACUUUUUAGAUAAUAUAAUAUUUUUAAUUUAAAAUAAAUGAAUGUAAGAUUUCUCAAAAAUACUUAAGCACUCUUAUUGUUUGAAAAAACUUUACCUGGACUCAGAAUACCCUUCAAAUGGGGUAUCUGUGUUGCAGCUAGUUUUACGUUGGUAGAUCACUACUGAGUGCUUUUGUUGUACUCUUUUAUUAACAUUUAUCACAUGAUGAUUGCAUUACUCUUGGAAAUUGUUCAUGAGCACUUUAGAAAUUAAAAUGGUGUAAUUUAUCAUUCCUAUCCAGGAGAUCGGUGUGAAUUUAAAUGCAUAGUAAUUCUGAGAAAAUAUUCACUAUAAAAGGAAUAUCACCACCCCAACCCUAGCCAUUUUUGUGUGGGUAUUAGGGGCACUGUGAAGCUUAUUAUACAGUGAGAUCAAUGAA